AUGCUCGACCUCAUCUCAACGCUAAAUACAAUCCCCCUAUCAGUCCUAUUAUCGGGGCUGAUUGCUAUGGGUUUGAUUUCAUGGCUUCGCCCUAAGGGCCGCAUAGCUUUCCAUCAUGCCAAAGACAAUAAGUUGACAUUGACCAAAGUUUCCGGCGCUGGGGGCGUUAAAGAACAAACCACGUUCGUGGAUAUCUGUCGGUCUGCAACACCAGAAACAUGCAACUUAAAUCCUUUAUUGUUCAAUGGGCACCUACAGACAUGCUGGACUACUAUGAAACACGACAAUGUUCCCAUUUACUACAAACGUAAAAUGUUCGAGUCGGAUAGCCCUGCAUUCACAGGUCAUUAUGCCAUGGAUUUCGUGGUUGCACCGUACGAUGUUCCUGAAGACCCGGAACUUAUUGAUCAAGCGAGAAAGUAUACCCAAAAGUCUGGUCUGCCGCCACGCACAUCGUUUUUCACUCAGGAUGAAUUUGCGGUGUUGCCCUCAGACGACACCAAGCCCAUGCUUGUACUUCUUCACGGUCUGAGUGGUGGCUCCCAUGAAGUAUACUUGCGGGAAGUUCUAGCACCGCUCGUGAAAGAUGGUGCGUGGGAAGCAUGUGUUGUCAACUCGAGAGGAUGUGCGCAGACAAACAUCAGUACCGGCGUUCUCUACAACGCUCGAGCCACCUGGGAUGUUCGCCAGUCUGUGAAGUGGCUGAAGGCGCAGUUCCCCAACCGCCCUCUGUUUGGAAUUGGAUUCUCACUCGGUGCCAACAUUCUCACUAAUUAUUUGGGAGAGGAAGGUGAUGCCUGCCAAUUGAAGGCAGCUGUGAUUUGUGCGAGCCCGUGGAACUUGGAUGUUAGCUCUAUGACAUUGCAAAGCACCUGGCUUGGCAAGGAGGUAUACAGCAAAACCAUGGGCACGAGUAUGAAGAAGCUCUUUGAGGCACAUGUUGACCAAGUCUCCAAAAAUCCUCGCAUCGACGUCGAUGCGAUAAGAAGCAUUACUUACCUUCAUGAGUUCGACCGAGCCCUGCAAUGUCCAACGUGGGGCUACCCCACCGAGGGAGCGUAUUACCGUGAUGCCACAUCCACCGAUUCCAUGCUUGCCAUUAGGAUUCCUUUCUUUAGCAUUCAAGCAGAGGAUGAUCCUAUUGCUUGCCGAGAGGCUCUGCCCUACCAGGAAAUGACCCAAACACCAUAUGGAGUCAUGUUGACUACAUCAUGGGGUGGCCAUCUAGGCUGGUUUGAGCUUGGAGGAUCCAGAUGGUUUGUCAAGCCGGUGACAAACUUCUUGAACAAAAUGGCAAGUGAAAUUGACACUAGUAUUCCUGGUGUUGUCGAACACCCCGAAAGACUCCCCGGAAAUAUUGCCAGCCACGGUGGUGCCAACAAAGAACCCGACAUGGCACCUAAGCCUGACUUCGUCUCAAUGCGACGCAAACUCGCACUACCUUUGGGGCUGUAA